GUUAAAAAAAGAAAAAGAAAAAAAAAAAAACAUGUUCCUUGAUGUUGUUCUCUCUCACACCCCAAGGUCCCCAACCCAAAAAACCCUUUUCUUCUUCCCCCUAAAACCCUUAUUCCUGAAAUCCCCAAAUUUACAUCGAGAAGAUUCCAUCUCCUACGACGAUAUUGUGCAGCCAUAACUCAAGUCGCCGAAAGUUUAUUCAUUUGCAGUCCAGGAGAAGAGAGGGGCAAACGUGCAGUUAGACGCCAUUUACUCGUUUAAUCCUGUGCCUCGAGGCGGCCGCCUUUCGCCGACGAGGCGUGCAUACACGAAAAUCUUACAGAGGCGCACAUAUUGGUGCUCUUCAGCGUUGAGUUGCCUUGAGGCGGCCUCAAGGUGUCCACCUCCAGCGAUUUUCACAACAUUGGCUUUGUCAUCUCUGAUUUCUAGAGAGAAACUUAUUGGGAGAUGAAGAAAGAAUUUGUUUGACGCUUCACUCAGUCAAUAAUAUGAUUUUAAUUAUAUGCUCUUCUCUAUUUUCUUACACAAUUGAAAAAUCUGUUCUGUCUUCUGAAAGCCUGAAAGUAGAUUGUAAUAUAUUUUAAAAUACAUAUUUUCCUCCGCAAACCAAUAAAUAUCACGCAUUGAUGUGUAAAAGACAUUUCAUGGUCACCUUCAUGGUCUGUAAUGAUGAAAAUAAUCACAAAUAAUUGGUGCUAUGUAGGUGUAGGUGAUAUAGUUUAUGAUAUUUCCUGAUAAAUGCUUGGGGUGAAACCCUUAUUCUGGUGUUUGAAAGGUCAGUUUCAUUUGGAGACUUUGAUGAGGAAAAAGAAGGAUGGAAAAUGUGAUCUCCUAUGCAUCUAGUCCAAACCUUGUCGUGAAUGUCAUGGAGCACGGGUCGAUCCAGGAUCAAUCACAAGCAACAUUCUCGUUGACAGAUGAAGACCAUACUCUAGCAAACUCAGUUAGAUAUAUUCUUAAUCAAGACCCAAGAGUAACAUUUUGCGGUUACAGCAUACCACACCCUUCCGAUGCUCGGGUGAACAUAAGAGUGCAGACUACUGGUGACCCAGCACGCGAGGUAUUGAAAGAUUCGUGCCAGGAUCUAAUGCUAGUAUGCAAGCAUGUUACGAGCACCUUUGAUCAGGCUGUUAUGGAGUUCAAGAGUAAGCAAGGCAUAGAAUCCAUGAAUAUUACACCCUAAUAUAAAUGGUGCCCUUUUAAAUUUAAGCCAUAUUUCUAUGUAGAAGAAGUUAUCAUAUAUGAGAAAUCUUAAGCCAUUUAUCAGUGUUUUGGUUUCUGUUGUUUCGUGUUGCUACCUUUUUGUAGUUAUUUCUAACUCUUCAUGUUAGAUGGAGGUCAUUUCGGCAAACAAAUAUUAAUUGAUCCAAAAUCAUUGCACCAGAUGAUAUGUGAUAUUGAAGUUUACAACUA